AUGACCUGGCACCACCUCCUGCUUUCCGUAGUUUUCGCCGGCUACGUUGGCAAUAUGGCGUCCACAGACGUUCACGUCCAAGUGUGUGAAAAAGAAAUUCUCAAAUAUGACUUGGAACUCAAAGCUCUUAUCCAGGAUAUCAGAGAGUUCAACGGUCCUCAAAGCGAGCUGACAGAGAUAAACUCAGAUGUGAAAAACAGUUUUCAAAACCUCCGAAUGAAAAUUCAGGACCUGGAACAGAUGGCAAUGGAACAAGACAAAGAAUCAGACAAGCAAGCUUUGAUUAGUCAGGUAGAGGGACACAAAAAGCAGAUGCUGAGUAACCAGACAGCGUGGAGGAAAGCCAACCUCGCCAGUAAACUAUCCGUCGACAAAAUGGAAAAGCAGGCGCUGCUCAGCGGGGCCGAUGACGCGGUGAGGCAGAGGAAGAUGACCAAAGAAGGCCUGGCCCAGACCAGCAGCAAUAUCACGGAGAACCUGAUGAGCAUCAGCCGAAUGAUGGCCCAGCAAGUCCAGCAGAGCGAGGACACCAUAACCACUCUAGCGACUUCAUCAAGAACAGUCCAAGAAACAAAUGAUGAAUUUAAGGCCAUGACUGGGACCAUACAGCUCGGGAGGAAACUCAUCACCAAGUACAACCGCAGGGAGCUGACCGAUAAACUGCUCAUCUUCCUGGCCUUGGCUCUUUUCCUCGCCACGGUCCUCUACAUCCUGAAGAAGAGACUGUUCCCCUUUCUGUAGACCAGGUACUGCUGAGGGGCUCUCCCAUUCCCACGCACAAUGCUUUUCAUAGCCUGCAUGAACGGUGAGUCAGGACACAUCUGCAGCACGUCCACUGUUCUGUGGAGUUAACAGCGAUGCUGCUGCGGGUGGGGAAAAUGUCCGUGAAGAACACGAGUCCUCAGGCCUGUCAAAGAGCGCUUAUAAACUGUGUCCUUAUGUUUGCCACCCGCUGAGCCCUUUCAAGUGGUACUUUUUUGCAAACAAAAGAAAAUUAAUGCAAAGACAAUUUCAGCAGAAUUGUAAAGAGGAUAAACUUUUUCUUUUAAAUUUUUAGCUUGACUAGUCUUUAAUGAAAUGUAUUUGAUUUAACAAUGGUAUAGUGGCAUGCAAUAUUCCUUACCACUGUUAUGAAAUAGCAGUUUGGAAUCACAGCUUACUUUGUUCUUUCGGGAACAAUAUGAAAAGACUUCCAUUUCCGGUUCUAAACCACUUGGCUGCCAUCAUUCCUUAUCACAUGAUCUCUGUCCGUUUGAUCUUCAAGAUUGCUUUGUUAAUUAUAUUUAUAGCAACUUAUCCUAAGGUAUAAGGUAUAGUUCAUAAAUGCUCUAAAUAGCCUUAAUGAAUUUUAAAAUGAAGGAAAAUAAUACUGAAUCAGUUUUCAAAUUGUUGUUCACAUCAAACAAUAGCCAUGCUUUUCUUCAGUCAACACACAAAUUAAGAUACAAGGUAAAUAAACUUUAAGAAGUGUGUGUGAGUCUGCACACUGCAGCAUCCCUGCUUCUGUAGGCUCAGCUGCGGGAGAGCAGAAAAGCUCAGAAAAAGAGUAGCAGCGUUCACACUGGCAGAGAUAGAGCCUCACGCACCCCUGCCUUUCUUCAGAUAAGACCCGGAAAAGCUGAUUAUUCCAGCCCGUUUCCCCUCACUCUCUCUCUGCUGUGUAGGUGGAGGGUGAGGGGGUAUAUUUUUAGGCCCGAGCAGUGCUGUUAUCUGACGUUGCCUUUUCAACACCACGGAGGAGAGGGUGGCCAGAGAAGCUACAUGACCUUGCUACCCUCUCUGCAAUUGCCUGCUAUUGACGUGUUGUUUAGUAUUUGUCUAUUACACAAAAUUGCUGAUUAAUAAACACAAAUGACUGUGGAUUUUUAUAUCUGAAAUGCGUCUGCUAUUUGGCCCUGUGUGCAUUUUGUAUGCAAGACAGAAGUAAACAUAGUAUGUGUGGAGAGACCUGAGAGAUGCCUAAGCAUCUCUUACUCAUGUAAAGUGGAUGCAGUUGGGCAGAGUCGGUUCCUCGCUUGUUCAGACAUCUGCACACUUAGGCACAGCCGCUCGCUCUCAUUCAAGCAAAUUGGCCUAUUCUUGCAUUUAACAUGGAGAUAUUGUCGAUCAAGUGCUUUUGUAUGUAUCUGGACAAGUGAGCCGGAGUGUUUGGAGAGCACACUGCUCGCUAAGGGCGGCCAGCAAGAGUCAAAUGGCUACCGGGGGCCAGAAAGUCCACAUUUGUCCAGUAAUGG